AUGCAGUUCAAACUCGCCUUUGUCUCCGCCGCCCUCGCUACCCUUGCGGUCGCCACACCUGCCCCCCGUGAUGAGCCGGCCAGCAGCUGCUCUACUGGGCCCAUCCAGUGCUGCGACACCGUCCAGUCUGCCUCCAGCUCUAGCGCGGCCGGUAUCCUCGGCCUUCUCGGCAUUGUUCUUCAGGAUUUGGACGUGCUGGUCGGUCUCACCUGCUCCCCCAUCACUGUCAUCGGUGCUUCUGGAAGCAGCUGCUCUGCGCAGGCUGUCUGCUGUCAAGAUAACAGUUUCGGUGGACUCAUCUCCAUCGGCUGUGUCCCUGUGGAUCUUUAA